GAACUGACGAUCAAGGGUGAAGUGGUCUUGCGACGCGAUGUCGACCAUUACGUACAAUCCAAACCAUGCAUGGCCCAUUCCUGUUUUGGCGAAGUUUACAGAAAUCCGCGAGAAAAUUGGCUUUCACCUAAUAUACAAGAAUGGAUUCCGCCGAAACAACGACUACGAACAUCAUCUCUUCAGAUUGGGGGGAAUCGGCCAUCACCGCACUCUACGUGUAUUCGCGCUCAGGGUUGACAUGGAACAAAUAUGCGCCAUGCACAUAAUCUACGACGAUAACUAUUAUGGCAAGGUCGAAAUUCCUGGUGGUGAGGCAGGUAUCGUUUCCAAACAAAGAGGUUAUGACAAAGCUCAGCAUGAUGUGCUUGUUCCUAAUGUAGACAUCGGCGAAGUGUUUUCGUUCGGUAUGAGAAUAAUAUACACUGAUAGCAGAAGAUUUCAUUACCUCCAAGGAGUCGCCAACGACGCAGAAGGCCAAUGGAUGAAUGUGGGUUACAUAGAUCCAAAAACUUAUAAAUUUAAAAUUUGGCAAAGGAAUCACAUAUUCUUGUCAAUGCACAUCACAUGCGAAGAGUGCGUACUUGGAGAAGAUAGAACAGGACACCCAUUCUAUCUGCCAGAAUACUUCGACAUACCCGAAUCAGAGCAGCCCCCAGGAUCCAGCAUGAUUGCGCGACUUCAGCUUAAAGAUCCAAAUUCAGACCUAAACAUAGGUGUAGACCCUGGAACAGGUACAAAGUACCACAACUACGGAAAAAGGCAAGACCUCAGCGCAGAUUCUCCGUUCACUGUGUAUAUCCGCAACUUGCCUGAUCGUUACGUGAUGGUGACGAGCUUCGACCCGCAGCUGAUAACGACCCAGCACAACAACCGUGGGAAAAGAAAUAUCUGGUUUCAUCGCGGUGAUAACAGCGUAACGUUAAAUCUCACACACGUAAGUAAUUUUCAAUGUGACGGCAAAUUUUUUAUGUACUACACGCAGCACAAAUUAAAAUACUUCCGCACUAUUAAAUCUUGA